AUGUCUCGUGCAAAAAAGCUUGCUAGAUUAUUACCACCAGUUGAUGAACUAAUACCCGAUAAUCCAGUCGAUGAACUAAUAACCGAUAAUGAGGUAUCAUCAAUUGGCAAACAAAAUGAUAUUUCUAGUGAGAUUAAUAAUGUGAGAAAAAUCGGACCGCCAUUGCCGCUUUUGAUACAACCUGCGGGGAUAGAGACUACGCUCCCAAAGAUUCCUAGUAAAUUUACACAACCAGAGGAUCCGCGAUUAUUGAAAGUUGCAGUUUUAGGAACGCCUAAUGCUGGAAAGUCAACUUUGCUAAAUGCUUUGCUUGGAGAAGUGGUAUCAGUAGUUUCUGAUAAAGCUCAUACAACACGAGAAAGAAUUUUAGCGGUACUGUCUGAAGGAAAUACGCAAAUAUUGUUUUUAGAUACUCCAGGAACUGUUAUGGGUAACAAGCGCAUACGUUUGAAUCGUGGUUUAAUCAACGCAUCAUGGCAAUCAUUGGUUGACGUUGAUCAUGUCCUAGUAGUAGUUGAUGCUCACAGGGCAGCCCAUCAAAGCACUUAUAAUGAAAGCUCUUUAUUUGAUAGAUUAAACGAUUAUGAAUUACCUGUUACUUUGGUGCUAAAUAAAAUCGAUUUGUUAGAAAAUGAUGAUCAGCUGCUUCAAAAUGUUUAUUUAAAAUUCAAAGAAAAAUGCCACUAUUUGAAGAACACGAUAAAUAUAUCUGCAUUACGAAAGCAAGGAUUAGAUGUAUUAAAGGAACAAUUAAUUUCUUAUGCAUACCCUCAAGAAUGGGUAUAUCCAUCUGAAAUAAAAUCAGAAAUGGCAGAUUUAAAGAGAGUCGAGGAUUUUGUACGGGCAGAGCUUCUAGCUUCGCUACGUAGUUAUCUGCCUUAUAUCAUUAAGCAGGAGAAUGUAGGAUGGACUGAAUUAGAAGACGGUUCAUUACGAAUAGAACAGAUUAUUUAUGUGGAGCGUGAAUCACAAGAGAGAAUUGUUGUAGGUAAACAGGGAUCAGUAAUAAAGGCUGUUACGAGAAGAGCAUGUAAAGCAAUGUUUGCAGCAUUCAAAAGACCUGUAAGACUGUAUUUGACUGUGAAAGUAAGAAAUACAGAAAAGAUUAGAAGAUCUAUGUGA